GGCUGUUUGCUGCUUUGAGGUUUCAUCUUGUCGCUGUCCUCUCACGAAAUGCCACGUGAGGCGUUCAUCUGUAUCGGAGACGGGACUCUUUUUGCCGGACAGCUCCUAGCCGGCUGGUUAUUCCGGCCUCAAUCCGCAGCUUCUGCGCACGUGGCGGACUCCGUUCUUCGAGUGUCCGCGCCACUCCGCCUCUUUCCCCUCGCGCGCGUGUGUCGAGACUCCCGACGCAGCUCGCGGAUCUCACCCAGGCGUAGACGCCCACCACGAAGGACCAGAGCGGCCACAGAAACGGCAGCGCCAACGGCGAGGCGGGGGCAGCGGCUCGUGAACGCAAGCGAGACCGAGCCAUGCAAGCGCUUCAGGACGCGCAACAGCGCUUCAAUGACCUUGUCAACAACGACUGGCCCGAGCGGGUGCCCGUGGAGGAGAUGCCCGACUACGAUCCUCGCUACAUGAAGGAGGGUUUCCUACAGAAGAAAGGCCAGCGGCUUAAAGGCUGGAAGCGCCGCUGGUUCGUGUGCGACGGUCGCACGCUGUCCUACUACAUCUCCAGGAAAGACCGCAAGCCCAACGCUGUGAUCCCCUUGGAAGGCUGCACCGUACAGGACGGCGGACUGAGCGAGACGUGGAACUCGCCCCGCAUCUACCUAACCGACCCAGCCACAGGCAUCAUGUACUGUCUAUCAGCCGAGGAAGGGAUUGUCGUAACCCAGUGGCUCGAUGUGCUUCGCGUGGCUGUAGCUCGCGUCAACAAUGGCACAAGUGAGACCAAUACACAACAGAAUAACAGCAGAAAGCAGCACAGACCACAGGCUCAGGCGCCCUCAUCCUCUGACGACGAGGACAGUCGCGCUCAUCUUAAGCGCGCGGCGUCGCUGGGACCUUCACAGACUCGCGCAGCUACGCUCAAGUCAGCGUCUACCAUUGGAAGUUCGAAUACUACGACUGCUAAUGGGGAUAUCAAGCGUACCACGAGGCUGACGUCAGCUCCGUCAGCAGUUGGCAGCUCCACUAGCACUCCAGCGCCACCCUCGCACCAGCAUCACCAUCGCCCUCAUCGUACCAAGACGCAGCGUCUACCGACGACGAUUUCACUGGAGAACGAGCUUUCUCACGGCCUGGACGUACUGGAAGCGCUGCUUGGUCGCAGCACGGGAUCUUCGAUCCGUAAUCACGUGGCGUUCCGUCCUAUUGGUGCAGUGAAUGGAGUUUUACGCAGCAUUGGGACGGACUCAAGCUCAGGCAAACAGUAUGCGCGUGCUAGUGUGUCGCUGCCUGUAUCGUCAGAAGUUGCAGCCAUUCUACUGGCAGACCACGCGCGUCGUGCUGAGUGGGACGUGCACUUCCCCCAUUCGGCCCAUGUAGCCACUUUCGACGACGCCACGGACCUGGUGCAUUUGUCAAGUGGCAGCUUUGCCCAGGUCCAGCACACCAAGCCCUUUGUGGCGCCUCAUGUGGCUGCUGCUGCGUGUGCCUUGUGCGCUGCUCUCUUCUCGGGGGCUUCGUCUUGGGAAGCGCUUCUCACUGCGAUGGUGUAUGCAGCAGCGAUUGGAGGCAUUGCGAGCAGUAUUGACUACAGUACGCUGACGACACCGCGUGACCUGGUUCUUCUUCGUCAUGUGCGCGAGUCUGCUGCGCCUGAUUCGCAAGACUCGAGCGACGACAAGUCUGAGGACGAGAUGGGUCAGUCUGUGGUGCUUAUCCUUGAGAAGUCCGUGGUUAACGAGCUUAAACCCGAUAUCUCGGGCACUGUGCGUGCUCACGUUGGACUGAGCGGCUGGUUGCUCGAGCCGGUAGACUCAGGUCAUGCUACGCUGGCCACGUACAUUACCGACUUGGAUAUGAAGGGAUGGCUUUCACCUGCCACACGCCAGAGCUUCUUGCUGUCGCGCUUGGACUGCGUGUCCGUCCUCAGUGAGUACGUGAACCAGGCGCAGUUGUGUGGAUCAGAGCUUGGAUUCGGUGGCGGUCUGGACGAAGAUGGAGAAGGAGAAUUAGAGUCUCGUAGCGUUGGAUAUGACGACGCGAGCGAAGCAAGCGGGCUCGGAGAAAUUGUGGACGGAGAAUCGUCCGCGAUCUUCCACCCGAAGACGUACAUGCGCGGCAUGAUGCCGUUGCCUAGCGGUGGUCUAAAGCUGAUCGACAAGGAGAUUGCCAAGAAACAAGGUGGCGUGGUGAAGGAUGUGAUCAAGUCUGCAGGAGCCAAGAUCCUGGAGGGCAAGUCGGCUGUUAGUUUGUCGCUUCCUGUGCGCAUUUUCGAGCCUCGUACCAAUCUGGAGCGUGUGUGCGACUUGAUGCUGUACGCGCCGACGUUCUUGAACACUGCGUAUGCGCAGAACGACGCGUUGGAGCGCUUCAAGUAUGUCAUAUCAUUCGCUGUGGCCGGUCUGCACCACAGUAUUGGACAAUUGAAGCCGUUUAACCCAAUCUUGGGUGAAACGUACCAGUCCACACUGAACGAUGGCACCGAUGUGAGUUGCGAACACACGAGCCACCACCCGCCUAUCAGUAACUUCCAGUUUACAGGCGAGAAGUACUCUAUUGCCGGCUUCGUGCUCUGGCAUGCCAGCAUGAGCGUCAAGUCGAACGCUAUGCUCAACACGAACAAGGGACCAGUGCGUGUCACGUUCCCUGACGCUGAAGGCCUUCCCGGAACUACCAUCGAGUACAACUUGCCUUACUUGCAGAUCGGUGGCUUGUUGUGGGGGGACCGUACGGUUGACAUCAUGGGCAACAUGGUGUUUGAGGACAAGAAGAACCGUCUGCAGUGCGAGGUGCGCCUCAAUCCCGAUGCGAAGUCGGGUAUGGGCGGAAUGUUCUCAAGCUCGAAGACACCCACCGACUCGCUGCGCGGUGUCAUCUUGGACACUUCUGUGUCCCCUCCCCGUGAGAUCUGUGACGUAACCGGUUCAUGGCUGCAUGACCUCGUCUUCGGCAACAAGACGUACUGGAGCAUCAACAAGUUCCAGAGUGGCUACAUGAUGCCGUACCCGGAAGACAAGAUUCUGCCGUCUGACUCGAGAUUCCGCGAGGAUCUGCACUACCUGGCAGGAGGCGACUUGGACGAAUCGCAGGAGUGGAAGGUGAAGCUCGAGGUGCUGCAGCGUGCCGACCGCAAGGCGCGUCUGGACGGCCGACGCCCCAACCACUGGUCCUUCCGUAGUGCCGCUAGUGGACACUGAGAAAUUGAGUUGCUUAGACCCCGAUUUGUUUUGUAGGAGCAGCGGUAACAAGACCAUCGAAGAGGAAGCGUGUAUUUCGUGUUGGCUAACUGUGUUCUUGUCUACUAACUGGUCACUUCCAGGCCGUCUGCAGUGCCUUACGUUGCGCCAGCGCCUUGGCACCGAACGUCACGGCGAGGAAAGUCAAGCACAGCAGGAUGAGCAUCUCGUGGUUGAAGUCGGAUGGCAGCAGGUCGAACGACUUGGCCGGAGUCAUGCGCACGUAGAACAUGUCGAGGCCGUGUGCGAACACCAGUGUAGUCGACUCGAGCUCCGCCGCGGCAGUGCUGAUGGAGUUGAGGUUCUCCACGGUGCGGUUGUACGUCAACAUGGCCUGAGGACGGUUGUACACGGGCACAAGAGGAGAGUACAUCAUCAGACCCUCCGCCUGCUCUUCAGGCGUCAGCGGCUUCUCCGGUUGACGCGGGUCGAUGAAGUUGCGAGUCAAUUUGAAGAUCUGGCCAGUCUCCAUCCCG